CGCGACAUGUUGUGGGAGGAGACCCUGCUUGGGCAGAAAGAAGCAUAAUUUUGUACCUGCCCCGCUUGCCCAAGAAAACUGGAAGUAUCUGCUGGUUCUGAGGGCUAAUCGUAUGGUGUGGACGGGGGCUAAAGGUUCACGACUCAACCGAAGGCUGUAGCUCGCGUUGUGCAUCAUGGAGAAGCAACUGCAUUUGAGUAUGCUAGCAUCGAGACCUCCAGUGCCGGGAGGUUUGCAGUCUGGUUCCAAAAUGCGAAUGGGCCCUGGCCGGAAGCGAGACUUCAGUCCCUUGCCGUGGAGCCAGUACUUUGAGGUCAUGGAGGACGUGGAGGUGGACAACGAGAACAGCAAAGACACGUUCCGUAUCUACAGUAGUGGCUCCGAGGGUCCUGUGUUGUUGCUCCUUCAUGGGGGAGGACAUUCUGCCCUGUCCUGGGCUGUCUUCACUGCGGUCAUCUGCAGCAGGAUCCACUGUCGGGUGGUUGCUAUGGAUCUCCGGGCACACGGUGACACAAAAGUGAAAAACUCAGACGAUCUUUCUGCAGAGACAAUGGCCAAGGAUAUUGGUAAAGUCGUGGAAGCACUUUAUGGGGAAGCUCCGCCUCCCAUCAUGAUGAUUGGACACAGUAUGGGCGGAGCUAUAGCGGUUCACACAGCAGCAGCCAAUCACGUGCCAUCGCUGCUAGGCCUCUGCGUCAUCGAUGUGGUGGAAGGGACGGCCAUGGAUGCCUUGAACAGUAUGCAGAACUUUCUGAGGAGUCGACCAAAGACCUUUAAGUCUGUGGAGAACGCCAUCGAGUGGAGUGUGAAGAGUGGGCAGAUCAGGAACAUGGAGUCUGCGCGUGUCUCCAUGGUGGGACAGGUGAAAAAGUGCGAGGAGCCCUUGAGUAGCCCAGCUGUGUCCAAGAGCAUCACUGAGGGGAUCAUUGAGGAAGAGGAGGAGGAGGAGGAAGAGGGGGAGUCCAACCACAAGAGAAAGAAGGAGGAGGACCAGGAGGUGAAGAAGGAGUGCUUGUACACCUGGCGUAUCGAGCUGUCGAAGACGGAGAAGUACUGGGAGGGCUGGUUCCGGGGCCUGUCUUCUCUCUUCCUCACCUGCUCCGUGCCAAAACUCCUACUGCUGGCUGGUGUUGACCGGCUGGAUAAAGAUCUCACAAUCGGACAGAUGCAAGGGAAGUUCCAGAUGCAGGUCCUUCCCCAGUGUGGACAUGCGGUACACGAGGACGCCCCCGACAAAGUAGCUGACGCACUCGCCACCUUCAUGGUGCGGCACAAGUUCACAGCGUUCAAGGAGGGCUUCCCAUGAUGACCCCUGUGUGGUGUCCGGUCCAUUGUUGCUCUGGAGCUGCCUGAAGCACUGAGGCCCGCAAACGUCAUUCUCCAUUUUAGCCCGCAGGGGGCGUCAGAGCUACUCAACACGACUGGACCCCUCCACUGCAAAACCCUCUCAGCGCUUCAUCCUUAAAUUAAAUGAGUUUUUAUUCUGAGGAACUUCUUUAAGUUAUCGCCAUUGUCAAGUGUUGUUUUUUCUUCUUUUCAGACUGAACAGAUAGACGGAUAAAUCACUAUGCCUCUUGUGUUGUAAUCACAGGGAUUUUUGAUUUGAUUUGUUUUCUAUUUUUUAUUUUGCUAAUUUGUUUCUCCCUGGGUCUUAGUUUUUGUAUGUCCUGCGAUGCCUUGCCUGCGUCGUUUUCAGUUUGGGGUGAUUGCAUAAUGUUGUGCUUUAUGUGUUGCCCAUGAAUGGUUUUGAUGAAAACAAUAAAUAUGAACUAUAAUAGGAA